AAAAACACUCUGGUUGGUCCAACAAAUGAUGUAAGCGAAGUCUUUGGUCUCAUCUUCUUCUACAUAACUUGAAAACUCUGGUUAACACUGUUGACCAGUGGCUUUCGUGGCAGCUUGAACAUCACUCUUCGAAGGGCACAUAGCUAACACCACACACUCUUAAUCUGCUAACACCACACACUCUUAAUCUCCGUCUCUCUUUAUCUUUCUCUCUCUAGCUAACUUGCUUAUUUGCAAUCAUGGCUAGCUUAGAAGCCGACACUACUGUUACUACUCAUGCUGACCAACGUCCCAAAACCCUUGUAGAUUUCGAUCCUCCCCAGAAACCCAAGCGCAACAAGUUCGCUUUCGCUUGCGCCAUUCUAGCUUCCAUGAUUUCCAUCUUGCUCGGCUAUGAUAUUGGAGUAAUGAGUGGGGCGGUAAUUUAUAUAAAAAAGGACCUGAAAAUCAGCGAUGUGGAAGUGGAGAUUCUCGUGGGGAUCCUUAACCUUUACUGUCUGUUAGGUUCAGCGGUGGCCGGAAGAACCUCCGACUGGAUCGGGCGGCGCUACACCAUCGUACUAGCGGGAGCAAUAUUCUUUUUAGGAGCUCUGCUGAUGGGCUUCGCCACCAACUAUGCAUUUCUAAUGGUAGGUCGUUUUGUUGCUGGAAUUGGCGUCGGCUAUGCCCUCAUGAUCGCUCCUGUUUACACUGCCGAAGUCUCACCAGCUUCCUCUCGUGGCUUCCUCACUUCUUUCCCUGAGGUGUUCAUUAAUGGAGGGAUAUUACUCGGAUACGUUUCAAACUACGCGUUCUCGAAGCUGCCACUUUACUUAGGAUGGCGAAUGAUGCUUGGCAUCGGAGCCAUCCCCUCCGUGCUGUUGGCCGUCGGCGUUUUAGCCAUGCCUGAGUCACCGCGUUGGCUGGUAAUGCAAGGUCGACUGGGAGACGCCAGGAAAGUCCUCGACAAAACCUCCGAAUCCAAAGACGAAGCCGCCUUUCGACUUGCCGAUAUUAAAGAAGCUGCCGGCAUUCCUCAAGAAUGCAACGACGAUGUCGUUCGUGUUGAGAAACGUAGCCACGGUGAGGGUGUAUGGAGAGAACUACUCCUUCAUCCUACACCGGCGGUUCGUCACAUUUUAGUCUGCGCCAUUGGUAUUCAUUUCUUCCAGCAGUCGUCUGGUAUAGACGACGUCGUUCUGUACAGUCCCAGGAUCUUUGAAAAAGCCGGGAUUACAUCUGAUAACAAGAAGUUACUCGCCACUGUAGCCGUCGGAUUCGUCAAGACUAUCUUCAUCUUAGUGGCUACAUUUUUGCUUGACAGAAUCGGACGGCGGCCGCUGCUUUUGAGUAGUGUGGGGGGUAUGAUCCUGUCCCUUGCCACACUCGGAUUCUCUUUAACAAUCAUUGAUCACUCCCACGCAAAGUUGCCCUGGGCCAUUGGAUUAGCCAUCACCGCGGUGUUAUCAUACGUCGCGUUCUUCUCCAUCGGAAUGGGGCCCAUCACGUGGGUCUACAGCUCUGAGAUUUUCCCGUUGAAGCUACGAGCUCAAGGAGUGAGUAUGGGAGUUGCGACGAGUAGGGUUACAAGUGGGGUCCUAUCUAUGACAUUCAUAUCACUUUACAAUUCCAUAUCAAUCGGCGGAGCCUUUUUCCUUUUCGCCGGAAUCGCAACGGUGGCCUGGCUGUUCUUUUACACUAUGCUCCCGGAAACAAAGGGUAAAACCCUUGAAGAGAUGCAGGUCCUUUUUGGUAACUUCAACUGGUUGAGGGAUUCCAAGCAGAAGAAGAGAAACACUGAAGUUUACGGUAACGGUGACAGGGUGUCUAAGCCCGUUACGAACUAGAGGGUAACUUGGUAAAUAUAAUGGUUUUAUUUAAAUAUUUUAGUGUAGCUUUCUAAGAUAAUAGUGAUGUUUUAGUGAGAGGGUGAAGAAUGAGAAUAAAAAAAAUGACUAACCCCAUGCUAUGGAGUAAAAAAGCAUAUGUUAUGGGCUAAUUGCGUUUUCCUUUUCAAUUGUCAAAGUUUGGCUCGGUUCCCCAAAUAAAAUCGAACUUGAAUCGGUGUACGUUUGAAUUUGUUUCA